CAGAAAUAGCCACGAAGAAUGUUGAUGACUGAAGUGGCCUCACAAGUCACAAGUCGCAACCAAAAAUUCGAAACCGCAGCUCGGAGAAGAAGAAGCAGCGGCAAUCCUCAGUUUCUCGCUUGAGGCUUUCUUCCGGUUGAAAGAUAACUGCCAGGCUUCUUCCUUUUGGUAUGUAUGGAAGACCUACCUCAAAAUUUGGUCGAGAGGUUUUUGUUUUCCUUGAGCAGUCGAGCCAGUAGGUUUUUCUUUAUAAGGGAAGCUACCAGCUGCUUGCAGGAUCAGAAGGGUCUGAUUUCGACAAAGAUAGGAACACCAAUUCGUCCUCCCUGUUUUAACAAAGCUUGGUGCAUGAAUGUGAUUUCUCUAACAUGGAUUCAGAAUCAAUGAUUAGUAGCUUGAGUCAAUUUGGUUUGUGGCCCAAAAGGUCCGUCCUUGGAGAGAAUUUAAGUUAACCGAAACAUGCCCUAUAUUCUCUGAACCGAGUAAUAUGUUCUGAAUGCUAGAAAUUGUUAAACUGCUAAGGGGAUGCGGUGUAAUUCAGUGGUGCAAUGAUGGUAUGUUCUAACAAAGAACGCACUCUAAUUUCUUUGAUUGAAAACUUGUGAGAUGCACUUAGUUUUUGCCUCGGUUUCUGCUGAAUCUGAUGUCAUUUUUGUCUGGGAAGAUCUCAAUUGUUAACGAACAUGCAAAUCAUCUUUUCUGAAGAGUGGUUGUUUGUCGGUAUCAUUUUUUUCUUUUCCAGUUGAAAUGGGUUGGAAGGCAGCCGGAAAGUUGAUCAGACACUGGAAAGUACUCAGAGGAGAUAAUGUGAGAAUGCUUUGUGGGAUCUGUUGUUCACCCAUUUUGAUCAACUACCAAGCAUGGAUAUAAUGUUUCCUAUCAUCUUCAUCCAUUUCAGGUCAUGAUUAUUAGGGGCAAGGAUAAGGGCGAGUCUGGUCUGAUUAAACGUGUAACCCGCUCUCAAAAUCGCGUUAUUGUCGGGGAAAAAUAUGGUAGGAAGCUAAGGUUUCUGUGUUUCACUGCCUUGUUCUUUCCUAGGGUGCUACAAUUACAUUAGCUGUGAAGAAUAUAAGCUUCCAUCUCCUGCUGGAUCUGUAUGAAAGUCUUACUAAUGAUGAACUGAAUCAUGGAUUUGAAGGGAUCAUAAUCUACAAGUGUGGUGCCUAACUUGUGUGGGUUGUCCAAUCUAUAUAUUCAUAUCUGAACUUUUUUUAUCUGAGGAAUACACCCUUUGGUUCUUCGGUUACAUGUCCUCUAUCUCGAGGGAGUACAUGUUGCAGCCAUAUUUGCAUAUACCUCUCUGUUUGUAGUUCUCAUCGCCUUUGUUUUUUAUCUGAAAUUUAUUAUCCAAAAGCCUCACUAGUUCGUUGAUGAUAUUAGUUAUCAGCUAGUUUGAACAAAAUAAAUUCAGGCGAACACUUCGGAUAACUGUGCCUGAGCUUAUCAAUAGUGUCAAUUUGUUCCAGCUUGUGUUCAUGUUUCUAGAUAUGGAAGCAAGACCCACUUUGUAGUGUGUUAGUGUGUAACUUUAGGCCCAGAUUGUACUCUAGGGAAAGAGAGGGUUGAGUUUCCCUCGGCUUCUUGGCAAGGAAUUAUAAAAUUCACUUUUCUUUUUUAUGCUAUCUUCUGGUACUCUUCUUUCAAAAAUCUGUGUUCAUGGUCUCUAUGCGACUGUAACUACUGGGUGAGCAAGUCAAGUGAAAUAAUAUAGACUUGGCUGUCUUCAUGGUAAUUUCUCCUUUAUUGGCAGGUUACGAAGCAUAUAAAAGCAGGUGAAGGUCACGAGGAAUCUUCACAGUUGAAGCUCCACUUCAUGCAUCAAAUGUCCAAGUUGUUGACCCACUCACAGGGUAUACAGUCUACCCAUUACUACAAAGUUUACUGCAUGCCAUUUGUUUCUCCCUAGCCUAACAAUUUCAACAUUCUGCAGGAGACCCUGCAAGGUUGGAAUCAAGUAUCUCGAGGACGGUACCAAGGUAAGAGUGUCAGUGUCACGAGCAUCUCAAUCGAUAAUUCUACGUCCUGAGAUAUUGAAGAUAAGGACGACGCCAAGACCUAACAUAAGCGUCUCUCACUCACUCGUCUUGCUAGAUCAUGUGAACAACACCCUUGAUCCUAUCUAACUUCAGUUUGCUUCUUUUGCUAUACAAAUACAGCCGGUCAGAAGGACACUCCGAUGGAUCUCGUGCUGGAGAAGGCCUACGACUGUAAAACUGGGAAGUGCAUGCCUGAUCUUUGAGAAAACUGAGCGGCACCUUCAAUUUGGUAUUCUGCUACAACAGGUCAAUAAAUUGCUUAUGUACCCAUGGAACGUGCAUCAUUCAUCUUAUGGAGCAGGUCCGGGGCGGGUUUCUUGGUACCCAUACCCGCCCCGUGGCAGGUCGGGUCCAGGUCGGAGCAGGUUGACCCAAUGGGUAUGCAAUUUAUAUGAAAAACAUUAGAAAUAUUCGUUAUUUUAUUAUAAGACCAAGAAAACAAACAAUAUUUUGAUAAAUAUAGUUAAAUUAUUAGAGUAAUUGAGGUUUUCACUAAUUUACAAUUUUAUUAUAGCUAAAUUAUGAUGUAAUAAAAGAAAAAUUCUAAGUAAUUUGACUAAGAUUACAUGUAAUUUAGGCAAGAACGGGCCGAGAAUGGGCGGGCCAGGACAGGCCGGGUUAAUGAGAGUACCCAUGCCCGGCCCGCCCCAAAACAGGCCAAACAAAUUGGGUAAAACGAUUCAGGUCGAAAUUGCCAUCCCUAGGGUUAAUGACCAAUAUGGUCACUGAAUUCAGCUAUAUAGAGCACGUUGAGCUCUGAAUUUCAAUACUGGACAACUAAGCAUGAAAUUGCCACUUAGACUGCCACGUAAGAUGAGGAGUUGCUCUGUUUCAGAAUUGAUAUCUAGGCACUAGGCUUCCUCUAUCUGUAUUCUCUGUUUCGUAUGGGAAAAUUGAGCCACAUGAAGAUUAACGAAAAUGAUGGUCGCAGUUACCUUUUGAGAUUACUACUAACUAAUUUCCAAAAAAGCCAAUAAAGAAAAGACAAAAAGUAAAAACAAAAUUUUCGCCACCUAGCCUCCGGCGAUCUUUCCCGGAAAAGAUUAUCUUCAAAUCAAAGUAGGAAAAGUAUGCCCUCCCAUCCCAAAUGAUUUCUCGGAAACAUCAUCUAGUAAAUCAUUCUUUGUUGUGUAGUAUUCCCAAAAUAUUAAUACACCUAUACUUAUACUGAGUUACAGAGUUGCUCUGUUUCAGUAAGCUGUUGACUUGGCCUCCCAUUUCUACUUAGCCGCUCCGUCUCAGAAGUCAGAAGUGAUAGUUCUUUCCUAGUCUGGUUCAUAUGAAGAUUGAUGGUAGCGAUCAACACUGUCAACUCGACGACGACGGGGACUACGUCGUGGUUGAGGAAGAAGAGCUUGCUCUGACUCUCGUCAAUGCUAAUGAUCAUCUUAUUCUUCCCACCAAAUUUGGUAAUUGGCUCAGCCGCAAAGUCAUCCGCCCCCUUCUCUUCACGCCCGCUUCUUCAUCUUCUUCUUCUUCUUCGGAGUUGAUUCUUUUCAGAGACAGUAGCAGCAGCGAUUCUGGUCUGCGAUCAAGCAAAUACGACGUCUUCAUCAGCUUCAGAGGAGUCGAUGUUCGAAACUCCUUCCACAGCCACCUGUACUAUCACCUCAACUGCUUAAAGAAACUCGCUGUCUACAGUGACGACGCUGAUCUGGAAAGAGGGCGGCAUAUCUCGCCGGAUAUCUUGCUAGCAAUCGAGAGAUCAGUGGUUUAUAUAGUGAUUCUCUCCCCCAACUAUGCGGGUUCUCCAUGGUGCUUGGAGGAGCUCAAGAAGAUUCUCCGGUGUAGGAAGUUGUACGGUCGGAGGGCUAUACCUGUGUUCUACGGCGUUCAUCCUUCGGAUGUCGAGAAGCAAAAAUUGCCCUCUACUACUACCAUCGCCGCCGCGGCGAAUGUUCAAAGCUGGAGAGAUGCAUUGCGUGAGAUAGCCAGCCUCUCUGGAUUCGACUCUCAGGUCAUCAGACGAGAAACUGAACUCAUAGAGGAAGUCACCAAAAAUGUCUUCCAGGCAAUACGCAGCAGCAGUGAGAUGGUGAAGCUUUCAUCAUAUUCUGUCAGCAGAGGUUUAGUCGGGUUAGAGAUAAAAAUGAAACAAGUUCAGCGGCUGUUGUGCUUUGCUGAGAUGAGCAAUCGGACGAUAGGAUUGUGGGGAAUGGCCGGCAUUGGCAAGACCGCUCUUGCUAAGGCCAUAUUCGAUGUGUUCUCUUGUCAAUUUGAGGCUUCCUACUUCUUCAGUAAUUUUGCAGAUGCAUCACAACUUCGCAGAGAUCUGCAAAGUGACUUUUUCUCAAAACUGUUGGGUGAUGAGAGUGGUGGCAGAUCAGCAUUAUCCUACGAGUUGACGCUUCAUCGUCUUGGCCGAAUGAAGGUUCUGGUCGUGAUCGAUGAUAUAGGCAACGAUGUGGGCAACAUAGGACCAUUGAAGGAUCUGUUAAAUGGUCAGUACUGCGAUUUGUUUGGUCCUGGGAGUAAGAUCAUCAUGACAAGCAGGAAUAAACAGCUUCUGAAGAGUGUGUGCCAUCAUGUAUAUGAAGUCGAGCCUUUAAACGAUGGAGAAGCCUUUCAACUCUUCUGCUUGCAUGCUUUCAGAAGCGAUAACAGUCCCCAAUCUGAAUACAUGGAGAUGGCCUUGGCAGCUGCACAUUACGCAAGUGGGAAUCCACUAGCGAUUACUGUGUUGGGCGCACACUUACAUGGUCGUGAUCUCCAGUUUUGGGAUCGGGAGCUGAAGGCUUUGCACGGCAAUCCAGAUCCAGUGGUUGAGAACAUCUUGAGAAGGAGUUACGUUGGAUUGAGUCGAGUAGAAAAAGAUGUAUUUCUUGAUAUUGCAUGCUUUUACAAUUACUGGUACCGUAUGGAAUUGAAGGAAUGUGUGGAAAUGUUGUCACCAGGUGGCACUGGCAACAUCAUUCCUAACCUUGUCGACAAGGCGCUUAUAAGUAUUGAUAUGAGUUUUGCUGACACAAUAGUAAUGAAUGCUUUGCUAAAAGACUUUGGCCGCAGAAUUGUCAAUGAAGAGCGCCACAUUGAAAAACGUUCGAGGUUGUGGAAUGCAAAAGACGAAUACUACCUCUUCAAGAAAAAAAAGGGUACUGCAUCAAUUGAAGGCAUCUCAUGGGUUUUUGGAGGUGACGAGGGAUACAUGCCACCUGAGACAAAGACAUACAUACAGUCUGACGCUUUUGUGAAAAUGGAAAAUCUGCGAUUCCUUGUAGUUCAUCUUGGUUUCUGCAAUUUGAUUCCGCCAGAUGACGGCUUGAUAUCCCUGCCAAAUACUUUGAAGGUUCUUGAAUGGCACUCAUUCUCUUCGAAGUCUUUGCCAUCCCAAUUCUCUGCUGAACAUCUGGUCAUACUUAAUCUGAAAUAUAGCAAGAUCGAGCAGGUUUGGGAAGGUGAUGAACUUAUGGAUUUGGGGAAUUUGAAGUACCUUUAUCUUUGCCUAUGCCGGAACUUGAGAAAGCUGCCUAAUCUCUCAACAGCUAGAAGGCUCGAAAGAAUCGAGCUUUUUGGCUGUGAGAGUUUAGCCGAGCUUCCCAAAUCGAUUUGGGAUCUUCCCAAAUUGGAAUGGCUCGAUGUGACUGGUUGCAGGAGCCUACAGUUGAAUUACUUGGAAUGUCCAGAACAGAACACUGGUCUUGAUUCUGUUUAUUCUAGUUCCACGUCAUGCUCAUCGCCUAUUUUGGAACUGGGCUUCGUUGACUACAUGGAGUUGGCGGCAGUUCCAUCCUCCUCCUCCAUGGGAGAUCUCACUCCGCUAACUCAAUUGAACUUCUCCGGUUGCACAAGUCUAGAAAGCCUUCCCAACACCAUCCACAAGCUAUCCAAUUUACAAACCCUCAACUUGCGCCAUUGCCAUCAAUUGAUUCGUUUACCAGGCCUUCCUUCAUCCUUGACAGAUUUGGAUGCAAGUGAUUGCACAUCACUUCAAACCUUGUCGAUUGACAAUAUUCUUGAGAAUCAUGAUUUAUCCAAGAUAAGCAGAUGGGACUUUAGCCAGUGCUGGAAGCUGGAUCCGGUAGUGUGCAGUAAGCUUGUGGACAAGUUCACUCAGGAUUGGAUUCGAAACUCCGGCUUCCCAUGUAUCAGACCGUCACGCCUCAGACUCCCGGGGAAAUGGGAUAUCAAGAGUGCUGGUGAAGGAGGAAGCAUAAUGGGAUGUAACACUAACAACGAUGAUAAUAAUAAUGCAAUGGCGACAGCACAGUUACGUGGACAACCUUGGAAGCUCAAGGCGCUAAUUUUAUGUGCUUUACUCGACUACCGACCCCUUGCUGAUUACUUAGAGUGUCAAGUUGACUGCGUGUUGCUCAACAAUGGUGUCGAAGUUGCUGUGAGCUCAUGCAAUUUGACAUGUUGUCCAUCAUACGAGGAUCAUGAGGAUGAGGAGGAGCAUCUCCCAAAUGGUCACAUUUGGGUAUGGUUCACUAACGACUUGGAUAAAAUGAGGAUGAUACAACAAUUCGCUGACAAAGAGGCUGAUCAUCCUGGCGGCACAGUUGAAUUCUUGUUUCGUAGCUUGUAUUGGCCGGGCAAAAUACCCGAAUUGACGAAGAAUUGUCGGGUGAUUCCGAUUUACGACGACAGAGUUUUGACAUAUGAAGAUGAAGAAGAAGAAGACAAUGAUCGAUCUCCACACAACGUCAUAGGAUUAUAUGAUAAGUUGCGCACUGGCCAGUGCAAGUACUUCAAAGCUACCAGCAAAAGGACGCAAUGGCGAACAGCUCCACCGUCGCCUAGCUCGGGCUCCUCUCAACAGACUCCUCCUUCCGCCAUCAGUCACCACACCGACGGUUACCAGAUUCACCCCGUUCCAACCCCUCUGCCUUCUCCAUGAGCAUAAAGGAGUUCAGCAAGCACCGCUCUCUGCUCAAUGAUACCCGACGGCAUUGAAGUGAUUUCCUGUAACUGUCCUUCCUUCUGGGUUCGUCUCACCAGCAGACUGUACAGCUUGCUUGUUGUUAUCUGCCUUAAUGUUUUAGCUGGUGGGGAGGUUGAUUUGGAUCAUACGUGUUUUGAUUACCAGUGGUCUUGGUUCUAUUGGAAUAUGUGAAUAGAUGGUCUCGUCUCGUUUCAUGAAAUUAUACUGUAUGGACUAAUCUCAUUCGAUUCGAAUGAGGAUAUCACGUUAAUCAUCGUGUUCUUGUCUUCUUUUGUUGAUUUCGUCACCUUUGAUUGUCCUUUUUCUUUAUUUAUUCUGUUGAACUUCUUCUGGCUACCAAUGGCCUGUUGGGUUGUUAAUCCUUCUAGCAUGCCUGAACUUUGAGAAAACUGAGCUGCACUGCACCUUCAACUCUGUAUUCCGGUUAGAUGGGUCAGUAAAUUGCUUAAAAACCCAUGCCAUGGGGCCUUGCUCCUUUGCUUCAACUUGCAUCAUUCAUCUUGUGCCCAAGAAAAAACGUGUAUGAUC